UCUUGGCCGACACAUCUCUCUCUCACACUCCCAAAGGCGACAUGCAACCUGUGCGCAGAAGCUCGCGACUUCGAAGCUCCGUUGCAAGCUCCUCCGGCAAUCAGUCAUCCUCAGAGCCUCCCGCGACUCGAACAAACUCAUGCAAGCAAGCUCGUCGGCGCACCAGAUGCACUCCACCGCCGGAACCAUCUGAAGAGGAGGUCGAAUCUCUGUCCGAAACCAACGCCUCCGACGAGGACUCCGGUGACUCUGAUGCUUCCAUGGAAGAAAACUUUCUUCCUCAAGAAACGAGAUAUGAGGCGAGCAGAGCUACUUUUCAGGCUCUCUACCAAGCUAAUCCUCAGUUUCUCCGACCAACGAAACCUCCUCGGUCUGCUCGAUUUGCGACGUCUGCAGCGCUAGCACGGUAUCGGGAUCUGAAGGAGCGAAAGUUUGUGGAUCAUCAGAGCCUGACUCUUACUGAUGAGAAGCUUGCAGACAUUAAAAAGGUGAUACUUCAUUCCGGACUGAUUUACGCUGUCAUUGAUGCUGAUGCAUAUCAGCCGGCUGUGGUUCGUGAGUUCAUCGCAAACAUACCUGAUGCUGUCAAGCGAGGUGAUGGGCUUGGUGUCUAUGUCCGUGGAUCGCUCGUUGAUUUCUCUCCAGAACUGAUCAACACGAUGUACUGCAUUCCUGAGGUUGCGGAGGAUCCAGAUUGGCUUCAUGAGGAUAUUGAUAAAGUCUGCAGCUUUCUCAGUGGAGAACGAGUCAAUCGUUGGGAAUGCAUGGCCUCUAAGUAUCCCACUCUUACAAAUCAGGUUCUGUAUAAACUCGUGUGCUCUAACUGGCUUCCUACUAUGAACUGCACAUCCAUGAAUCAGGAGCGGCUCAGGUUCAUCUACAUGAUGUAUCACCAUCGUGGAUUCAACUUUGGGAAGAUUGCGUACAAUCAGAUUCUGACAAUGGCUGGGAAAACCGACAAGGAUAAGAAGCGUCGGAUCAUUUUUCCCACUCUCAUCCAGCAAGUGUUGCUUUUCCAGCGUGUGGUUCCACCGGAUGAUCAUGAUGAAGAAGAGACUGGAUUUCCUAAAACAGUGGUCAAGGAUGGAAAGGCAGGGAGAGGAUCAGGUGCUGAUUCAAGUCAUCCAGAUCUUGCUGACGACAUUGACCGUGCCAUUAGUGCUCUUAAGGCCAUCCGUAUUCGUCUAAGGAGGGGAGAUUACACGGUUCAGGAGGCUUCGCAAUCACAGGCAGCAGAUGAAGAUGCAGGAGAAGACAGUGGCUGAUCAAGUGUGAUAGGCAUCUCAGCUUUUUGAAGGCACUCUUGUGUCUUUCGUGGCUUUCUGUUUCAUUUUUCUCUAUCGGUGUUGUAUGAAUCAGAACUUAUGCUAUGUGAUGUUUGAACUCCUUGCAAUCUUAUGAAUCUAUCUUUGA